AAUUCGGGUUUCAGCCACGUCUGGAGUCUCGGAGACAAGCUUUUCAGAAGAGCCAAGACAGGAACAGGGCAGGGUGACACACUGCUGAUAAAGCGCGCGGACCUUCCUCCAGCCCCUCCCGCUGCAGGCGCGGGUCCCCGGACCCGCCGUGCCUCCCCUGGAAGCCUCGUUCCAGGGUCCUUCCAGGUGAAUCUGCCCGGAGUUCUUUCAGCACCUCGGACAGAGCACGCAGAAAACAUGGCUCCUAUCACCAGCAGCCGCGUGGAAUUUGAUGAAAUACCCACAGUAGUGGGCAUCUUCAGUGCAUUUGGCCUUGUCUUCACUGUCUCUCUCUUUGCCUGGAUCUGCUGCCAGAGAAGAUCAUCGAAGUCCAACAAGACUCCUCCAUACAAGUUUGUGCACGUGCUCAAAGGAGUUGAUAUCUAUCCUGAAAACCUAAGUAGCAAAAAGAAAUUUGGAGGAGAUGACAAAAACGAAGUUAAGAACAAACCAGCUGUGCCCAAAAUUUCACUGCACCUUGAUCUGGAGAAGCGAGAUCUCAACGGCAAUUUCCCCAAAAGCAACCUCAAAGCUGGCAGCUCUUCUGAUCCAGAAAAUGCAGCCCCAAAGCUCUUUACAGAGUCAGAAAAGGAGGCCAUUUCCCCUGAGAGCUUGAAAUCCAGCACCUCCCUCACUGAAGAGGAGAAACAGGAGAAGCUAGGGACACUUUUCUUGUCUCUAGAGUACAACUUUGAGAAGAAAGCAUUUGUGGUGAACAUCAAGGAAGCCCAGGGUUUACCAGCCAUGGAUGAGCAAUCCAUGACCUCUGACCCAUACAUCAAAAUGACAAUCUUGCCGGAGAAGAAACACAAAGUGAAAACCAGAGUGCUGAGGAAGACACUGGACCCUGUUUUUGAUGAAACUUUCACCUUCUAUGGGAUCCCUUAUUCCCACAUCCAAGAGUUGUCCCUGCACUUCACAGUGUUGAGUUUUGACAGGUUUUCAAGAGAUGAUAUCAUCGGAGAAGUCCUUAUUCCACUUUCAGGGAUCGAGUUAUCAGACGGAAAAAUGCUAAUGAAUAGAGAGAUCAUCAAGAGAAAUGCUAAGAAGUCUUCUGGACGGGGUGAGCUUCUGGUGUCUCUCUGCUACCAGUCCACCACAAACACGCUCACCGUGGUUGUCUUAAAAGCGCGGCACCUGCCGAAGUCUGAAGUGUCCGGACUUUCAGAUCCCUAUGUGAAAGUGAACCUGUACCACGCCAAGAAGAGAAUCUCCAAAAAGAAGACUCACGUGAAAAAAUGCACUCCCAACGCAGUGUUCAACGAACUGUUUGUCUUUGAUAUUCCUUGUGAGAGUCUUGAAGAAAUAAGUGUUGAAUUUUUAGUUUUGGAUUCUGAAAGGGGACCCCGAAACGAGGUGAUCGGGCGGUUGGUCCUGGGUGCCACGGCAGAAGGAAGCGGUGGGGGGCACUGGAAGGAGAUCUGUGACUUCCCCAGGAGACAGAUUGCUAAGUGGCACAUGCUGUGUGAUGGUUAGCUUCCUGGCUGCGAGCGGGGGCUUGGAGAUUUUUACUAGGAGAGAAGCAGUUUUCUUUCUUAUCCAUGACUGUAAGCUUGUGGCACAUCGAGCUACUUUAUUAUUUAUUUUUACUUAUUUACAUUGGUUAGAAGUGUAUUAAAUUAGUAGACCAGAAAAUAGUUGGAAAUGUGUAUCGUGAUAAUUUCCUCCUUUAUUAGAGGUGUUGUUCAAAUUUUCAAAAGAUACACAGUUUCCCUCUGUGUGGUAUUAAGUGGGCCAACCAAGCCUGUUAUGAACACUCUAGCUUAAUCUCAAGUCACAGAUGUGUGUGGUAGGUGAUGAUUUCAUUUUUGCCUUGGUAGUGGAAACCCAGGUGAUUGUUAAGAGUUAAAAAUGAAAAUCACACCUUUUUUGUAUGAUGAUUAAUCCAUUUUUCUUCAGGUUGGGGAGAUAGGUUUUAUUUCAAUCCAAAGAUAUUUCAGAAAUGUCCUUAAGUCUGUUUUUUUUUUUUCAGUUAAAUAUGUCAUGUUCAAAUGAUUGUUUUAUAUAACAAAGUAUGCUAAUGCUGUCCUUUCCAUUUGGUUUGUAAUUAUCUGAUAUAAUCCCAUCAUAGAAGGGGUAACUUAGGUUCACUUCAUAAAGACAGCAAACAAGUUGGGAAAUUAAUUUAUUAAAGGGCUGAAUUGAAGAACACUGUGGUUGAAAUGAGAUGUUUGUUCCCCAAGAUCAUGUGUGAGUCAUGUAAAAUGUAACUUUACCUAAAAACCAUGGUCUUGAAUUAUUCACUGCCCAUUACAAGCCUCAGUAUGGCCUAAGAUACUCCUCUUUACCUUUGUGAAGUUGUCAGACUCUUUAAUGAUAAAAAAUAAACUUAAGCUAGAAUUUCACUUAGGAACACAAUUUUUUUUUAAAAUAAAAAUCUAUCAGUGUACAAGUGUAUUUUCAAGACUCUCUUUUCCCCUCAGAGUGGACAUGGCUACCUAAGUUUUUAACUUAUUCUUUCCCAGGAAGAACUAAGUUACUCAAAAAGGAACAAAAGAAAAGAAAAAUACUUGAGAAAUUCAUUGUCAAGUUGAAAUCAACCAUUUUAAGUAAAUAAGACUAGGACAAAAAAAGAGUAAGCCUUUCAGAAUUUAUGAAUAUUUACAAAAUAUACAUAAGCUGUAAAAUUAGUCCAGACGGUAUGUCACUAUCUUUAGAGGCCAAAUUGUCAUGAGGUGUUAUUUUUUAAGGUAGUUUAAAGAAUUGUGUCUUGUGCCACUCCCAAUUGCUGAGUUCUGAAAUUCUUGCAAAAUCUGUUUGAGUCAGGCAGAACUCUGGCAUUUUCUGGGAAGACUUAAGUCAAUGGCGAUGUCUUCAUAUUUGGGUGAUUAGAGAAUCUAAGUGUGACUUAGGUCCAGCUGAGUUAUUAAAUAUGCAAGUUAGAGAUAAUGUCUACUGAAAAAUUUACCUUUGAGUCAAGUUUUGUGUCAGUGGUUUAGCCAUUUUUGAGAAUGUGUUUGAUAUCACAGUGUUUGUAAAUUCAAUGAAAAUGUAUUUCCGAUCCAGUUGUCCGUGCUUUUUAUGACUACAACGAAAGUCCGACUUUCUAUAAGGAACUAUAUUCACUCUGUAUGUACAAAAACUGAGACCAACCUCUUUUAUGCUUUUUUCACACUCAUUGUCAUCCAGUGACAAAGUCAUCUCUCAUCUCCAUCUACUCAGCUGGAAAGAACACGGAAUGAACUGCAGUCAUGUGGAGUUUGGGGAGGCCAGGCAGCCUCUGUGUGUAUGUACAUUUGAUGUCAUAGGCCAUGGAACAGAGUAUAGCUUGGAACUCUAAUGUCAUGAGGCGUCAUUUCCAAGUAUCCUACAGACUGUCAGGAAGUUGACGGUGAUCCAAUUUAUAGGAUGCCUUUUGGAAAAGGAUUUUUUUUAAAAAUAGAAAGGAAACCCGAUAACAAAUACUUUUAAAAAUCACAAGAAUUGCUUGUAAAUAGUUUUAAGUUUUACAAUUUAAAGUGUUUUGCUGGUGAAGAGUUGAUUGAAACGAUAACAGGUUUUAAGGAAAAGAGAAAAGAAGAAAGCAAGAAAGGAGAAAAGCAAGAAAAGAAUUGAAACAGGCAGGGAGAUAAGUGAUCUCAUCAUGUUUGAAAAUCGUACUGUUUAUGAUGUAUUACAAUAUCAAAGUGAAUAUCCAACUCUGCUAAUGUUCAUGCACUGUAUUAAACAUGUAAAUUAAUUUAUUGUCUGCUUAGCCUGUCUGACCACCCAAAGAGGGAGGUGCCAUGUCUGAAGAACUGUGUGAUUCAGUAGCUGACUUGUUCUGACUUGUUGUAGUUCAGUAGAAGUGACCCGGAGGUAAGCAUGGCGUGAGGGAGAUGGUGUCUGUUCUUUUGUGCCAGCACUGUGUGUUUGUAAGACACGAAUAAACUGCUGCUUUUGCCCAAA